AUGAUCACAGGCACAUCUCAGAUGGACGGCUGCAUCCUAGUGGUGGCGGCGACCGACGGUCAGAUGCCACAGACGCGUGAGCACCUCCUGCUGGCGCGGCAGAUCGGCGUGGAGCACGUUGUGGUGUUCGUUAACAAAGCCGAUGUGGUGGAGGACAAGGAGAUGCUGGACCUGGUGGAGCUGGAGAUCAGAGAGCUGCUCACAGAGUACGGCUACGACGGUGAAAACACACCAGUUAUUACUGGAUCGGCACUCUGUGCUCUAGAGAACAGACAGCCGGAGCUGGGUGUAAACUCCAUUAUGAAGCUUUUGGAGGUGGUAGAUAAUCAUAUUCCUUUGCCAAAGAGAGAUCUGGAUAAACCAUUCCUGCUGCCCGUAGAGGGAGUCUGUUCUAUUCCAGGUCGUGGUACUGUGGUCACUGGCACACUAGAGCGAGGAAUGAUCAAGAAAGGAGAUGAAUGUGAAUUUCUCGGACACAAUCGUUGCUUUAAGUCCAUCAUCACUGGUCGUGGUACUGUGGUCACUGGCACACUAGAGCGAGGAAUGAUCAAGAAAGGAGAUGAAUGUGAAUUUCUCGGACACAAUCGUUGCUUUAAGUCCAUCAUCACUGGUGAGAAAUUUGUUAUAUACAAAUUGUUAUAUACUUUUUGA